CCUAGAGGUCACACACCGUCACGGCCGCUUUUGUCUCCAAGUUGUCUUGGGACUUGUCGACGAUGAUACAUCGUUUUGCCAUUAAAAACUGAAACCUUGUUAUUCAAACAAAGCACCCCACCCAUUACUUGUUUCUUAAUUUUCAUAAAUUUUGCCGAUUAUAAAAAAGAUACACAAUCCUCUCGUCCAACUCGAUCCAUUCGUCUUUCCUCAAGCUCAGGCUCUGAGUUGUGUCUUCUCUUGGGAAGCUUAUAAAAAAAAACUCUAUGGGAGAAGCAGCAGCUUUCUUUGUUGAUCAUCUUGAGAAUGGACACACCAAUGGCUUUGGCGUCAAAUCCGAAGAAGACAGAGAUACAUCAGUCCAAAUCGGAGAUCGAUCCUAUGUGAUUGGUGGAAGUCAUGAAGGGAACCCAUUGUUCCUUGGAGUUAAGAUUCAUGACAAAACCACCAACGAGUGGUCCAUUCCUACUGUUCUCGGAACAGGCCCUAAGCCCUGCAAGGGCUACUCUGCCGUUGUUCUCAAACAAGGCCGGAUCUUGGUUAUCAAAAAAGGCUCAGCUUCCGACGACUCUAUCUGGUUCCUUGAGGUGGACAGUCCCUUUGUCCGGGAACAAAGGAAACUCUUAGGGAAAGAGGUUGUCGCUUGGAGCAAAGGAGUGAGAGGAAACGCGGAGAAGCCUAUCGUCAUAAGCGGUCCUUCUGGAGUUGGUAAAGGAACGCUUAUAUCUAUGCUUAUGAAAGAGUUUCCUUCCAUGUUUGGGUUCUCCGUGAGCCACACGACUAGAUCUCCGAGGUGUAUGGAGAAGAACGGUGUUCAUUACCAUUUCACUGAUAAAAAUGUGAUGGAGAAAGAGAUCAACGACGGGAAGUUUCUUGAGUUUGCUUCUGUUCAUGGUAAUCUGUAUGGAACUAGCAUUGAGUCUGUUGAGGUCGUAACGGAUUCAGGAAAGAGAUGUAUUCUUGACAUUGAUGUUCAAGGAGCGAGGUCUGUGAAGGCGAGUUCUCUUGAUGCUAUAUUCAUAUUCGUAUGUCCUCCUUCAAUGAAGGAGCUUGAAGAUAGGCUCCGAUCCAGAGGAACAGAGACAGAGGAGCAGAUUCAAAAGCGGCUUAGAAACGCUGAAGCUGAGAUCAAAGCGGGGAAAUCCUCUGGCAUUUUUGAACAUAUCCUUUAUAAUGACAACCUUGAGGAAUGCUACAAGAACCUCAAGAAUCUCUUGGGGAUAAACGAUGACGCUCCUGUGAAUGGUGUAGAAGUAGAAGGGAUCAAUCUUCCCAAGGAGCACACAGUAACAAAGAAGGAAGAUAAGAUUUUGAUUCAAGAAACAGGGGAAGCAACCAAGAACGACAUGAUCGUGUUGGAUUUAGCUUCAAUUAAUGGGGGAGCACCAGGGAGAACAAGAGGGAUAGUUCUGGACACCGUAAAGUCCAGUUAACAAAAAGUCUUUGAUCCUUUCUCCGCUGAAAGCCAAAGAGGGAAACCAUUUAGAUGAUGAUGAUGAGCAUUGCUUUUUGUUUCUUUUUUAUUUCUGUUCUUGUUUACUGAAAAGAUUAAGGUUUUCUCGCGGUUGAAAGGUAGUGCUAUGUGUUUACUAGAUAGGAUGAUGAUGAUGAUGAUGACGACGAUGAUACCAAAAAAAGACAUGAUCUGUUUUGAUGAAAUAAUAUGUUCUGUGUUUCUUUUUACUGAUUAAA